AUGGCUUCUAAGCUAUGUCUCCAACUCUGCCUACUUUUGGCCUUCAUUACACCUCAUUUGACCUCGGCUCGUCAUCUUCACAACCGCAAACCUUCUCCAUUUCUAUUUCCCAAGCAUCUCAUAGGAAGUAGUAAAAACGAUAGCAUCGUGGAAGGAAUUCAUAAAGUCAAGGCUUACCUUCAACGUUACGGUUACUUAAGCAAUGAAAAUGAAAAAAAAUUGAGUACAGAUGCAUUCGAUGACGACUUGGAAUCCGCCAUUAAAUCGUACCAAAAAUUCUCCAACCUUAAGGUAAGCGGAGUCUUAGACAGGGAGACCCUACAACAAAUGUCGAGGCCUCGAUGUGGGGUGAGAGACACUUAUGUAUCAGUAGGACAACAAGAACAUGAGAAUAAGAAUACUAAUAUUGAAAUUGGUGGUUCACAUUACACGUUCUACUACAACCACGUAACAUGGCCAGCUGAGAGGAGGCACUUGUCGUACGGAUUUAUCCAUGAUUUCCCACCGCAGCACGUCGACACAGUGCGUCGAGCUUUCCAGACAUGGGAAGAUAAUACGAAAUUUUCGUUCUUCCUAUCCCCGAGAGUACAAACAGCAGACAUAUUGGUAAGUUUUGAGAGAGGGGAACAUGGAGAUCAUGAACCGUUUGAUGGAGAAGGGGGAAUAUUGGCACACUCGUUGGGAGCGGUCGAUGGGAGAGUGCACUUUGACGCAGAUGAUCGGUGGGAAGGGGAUCCUAUGGAACGGUAUGACCUUGAGACUCUUGCAUUGCAUGAGAUUGGACAUGCGCUUGGGCUCGGCCAUAGCAGUUCCUCAUUGGCCAUCAUGUGGGCUUAUAUGUACAAAGGUUUCCCCAAGACUCGCUUGACUAUUGACGAUAUUGAAGGCAUUCGUGCUUUAUAUGGCUCUUAA